AUGCCAAAAUCUAAAACCAAGGUCAAAGAGACGGUAUUUUUCAAUGCGGUUCUCGCUUCCAAAGAAUCUCGGGCCAAGUGGCGCGCAACCUGUGUGUGGAAGGAGACAGACCGAUUGGCGAAUUAUUUGCAAGGUCUGUUAUCCACCAAAACUAGUCCAUUCGCCAAUGAGGAAUUCAGUGAUGCUUCAUUAGACGAUCCAGAUUCCGGACUGGAGAAUUCUGACCACAUGCAUCCGCCUAAAAAAUCCCCGCUUGCCUCGCUUCGUGCUCUAUUUGAAGAUGUAAUUGAUGCGUUCGAUGAAUGCGCUCCUCAAUUUGCUUCGAUAAGGUUGGCCGAAGCCUGGGAAUUGCAUCCUCCACCGGUCACAAGCCCUAAUCCAACACCGGGGGCUGUGCCUCCAGCCGAACCAUCAUGCAACGGAGAUCAACUUGACGGUUGGGAAAAAACAGUUUUGAAGGGAGAAAAUCAUCUGGAACCGGUUCGUUCCGGGAGUAUCAGUCCUGUUUCCGAAUUGAACACUCUAUCCGGUGUGCCCAGCAUAUCUGGUAUGGGUGACGCCAGUAGUUCUGCUCGAAGCAGCUCCCCACCACGUCCUAGUGAUCAGGCUCGUAACUGUGUUCGUUGUAUGUGUGGUGCGGAAAUUUGGACACAGAAGCCGGCCGUUGCCAUCCUACGCACGGUGGCCACUCAAACUCUUUUCACUGGUGAUAUUAUGGCCACUAAAUUGUACCAUGACGAUGCGGUUAGUUAA